CAGGAAGUACAAAAUAUGAGGAAGUGAGUGUGGGUGGCUGUGAAAGUGAAGGUAGAGCAGAAAGUGGGGCUUUGUGUUCAGUCUGUGUUUGUUUUUCAUCUUCGCAACACAGUCCUUCUUCGGGCAGGCCGAGCUACAGUGUAGCAAGAAGGAGGGAGACAGAGAGCCAAGAAACAUUAAGCAGGAUCGACAGGCCAUAAGGGGCUGCUGAAGCCAGUCAGGAAAGGAGGGGGGAGCUGCAGACAGACAGGCCGUGAGAGAAUAAGUUAAUGUUCACCACGCAGAUCUACAGCUAAACAGCGGGGGAGGUAAGAGGAAAACAAAAGACGAGACAAAGGAAAAACAAGAAACUAGACCAAAACAGCAGGGGAAUCCUAGGAGAGAGGAGGCAAAACUUAAGAGAAAACACUAGCAUUGCACAGAGGGGGAGAUACACAGGAUUCACAGCAACAGAGCAGGAGGGAGGAGAAAACAAGCUGGAAGGCAGCAGUGAUGACAGCAACAGUCACUAUAGAAGAAAAAGCAAAAGAGUAAAUGUUUAAAUGUGAUAAAAACAAAGGGGCAGAUACUUGAAAGCAGGUAGACAUUUCACACACACAGGCAAAGUGCUAGUUUUUCGCGUGGGUGACAGUAACUCGAUAUUUACAAGCAGCAGAGUCAAUUGAAUUAUCCAGUUUAGCUAGAGAGCAGCUGAGGUUAUUCAGAGGGCAGAUAUACCUGUAGAAGAUACAAUGGAAACUGGAAAUCAGUCAGGACAGGAGGAUUUGCCCAGCGAUGGAACCUGCGAUGCCUGUGAGCCUGAUGAACCACAGCAGGCUGUGAAGUUCUGCCAGGACUGCAACUUUGCAUUCUGCGCAGUGCAUGCUGACAAACACCAUAAGAGCAGCCGCCACCAGCUACAGGACUGGUGUUCUACAGAACAGGGCGAGGAAAUAGCACCAGGGACAGGGGAGGCAGUGGGGAAGCCAGAGAGCCCAGAGGGGGAAGCAGAGGUAGAUGAGGGGGAAGAGGGAGCAGUUGGCGUGAGUGCAGAAGCAGCAGCCUCUCCCAGUAGGGUGGCAGAGGAGACUGUGGAGGAUGUUAUUACCAAAGCCAGGAACACUGCCACUGUGGAGAGGCUGCGGUGUACGGAGCAUGGCCAGGAGGGGACUCUGUACUGUAAACCAGACGAGAAAAUCAUCUGCGUGAUGUGUGCCGUACAGGGGGCUCACCGGGAGCACCAGAUCAUCACUCUGAGGGAGGCGUACCUGGCUUUUAAAGAGAAAGAAGCAGCGGAUCUGCUAGGGGCUGCAAUGCAAAUGGAAGAAAACAUAAAGGUGAAAUGGACUGAUCCUAAUAUGGGGACAGAGGCGCUGCAGGCCUUCGUUCACGGGCAGUUUGAUGAACUGCAUCGGCUGGUGCUGCUGGAGGAGAAGCGUGCACUGCACCUUGUCGACCUGAAGGAGGCGGUAGCAAUAUCUCAGACAGCCGAGAAGAUGGCAGAGAUCAGUGCCCAGACAGAGAAGCUGAAAGAAGAGAUGGCUGAGAUUACCAAGAAGCUCAGUGCCAUUGACCACGGGGAAGAACCUAACCCAGCGGAUAUGAUGACAACGCUGAGGAAGGAGUCACGGCAUGACCCCCCAGGCAGCGCAGGAUCAGCAUCAAACCACGCCCCCUAACACAGAGCCACGCCCUCCUCUGUGCCCUGGAGCCACUGCUGCUCCCUGCUUCAUAGCUAAAGAUUCUUACACCUUUAAGGAAUACUCUCUGAAUUUUAAUGGGUUAUUUAAUAUUGUUUACACAAGCGUUGAGAGAUCUAGCAUGGAAUAACCUUUUUAAAUUCGAUGCUGCUCAGUGAAUUUUUCUUUUCAAUUUGGAAUCUAUCUUUAGUCAUUCAUUCUAAUCCAAUGACAGGCAUUCACACUGUUCCAAAUUACAUCGCUUUACUAAGCAGAUGUGGAGCUUGACCUAAGAAAAGUCAUUCUCUCUAGUUUAUAUCAUACUUGUUAAAUAAACGUUUAACCUUU